UGCAGCGGCGGCAGCGCUACUGUUGUGUGUCCGGCCCCGCCCGCCCCGGGGUGAGGGAGUGAGUGGGGGCUGAUGAUGCCGCUGUGGGAAGCUCCCAGCACGGCAGGGUGGAUGGAUAGAGCAGGUUUAUGCUAAUGCGGGCUGCGGGGGGAGGAGGCGGCGGCAGAGGAGCGGCACAGGGUGAGGGGGUUGGAGCCAUCUUGAAAUCACUUUCAAAGUUACGGUGGGAAUUGGGCGAAGUUUCCGCGCACCGUGCCCGGCAUGCCGCCGGCCCCCAGCCCGGUGUGAGGGCACUUGAUGGGCAGUGGCCGGACCUGAGCAGGAGAUGUGGGCGCUCUGCGUGUGGGUCACUGUACUCGGGGCGCUGCAGCCGGCGGGGGGGCUGGAUGGGCAACUUCAUCCCGGGACCACUGGAGGAGUCAACCUGUCCCUGGGAUCGGACUGGAGCUACCGCCUGCGGGGAGCCGGAGCGAUGAGCGGGGAGGUGGCCGGGGAUGGACGGCUCAGGCUGGGCACCGGGGCGAGCUGUGAGCGGCUCUCAGCCCUGUCCCAGCCGGUGUACCUGCAGCUCUCCUCCCGGAGCCGGCUCACCACUCUCACCAUCAGGCUGCAGGUCCAGGAGUACGGGCGAGGCUGUUACAUCCAGCAGCGGAGGAAGAGUGCGGGCACCGGGCUGCCUGAGCCCGAUGUGGACGUGGUGUACGGAGCUCUUCCCGGGACGUCCCGCUGCCUCCCCGCCCUCUGUAACAGGACUGAGGCGCUGCUGAGCGCCGUGCUGGGGGUAUCGGGCUGCCGGCUGCGGGACUCCCCGACAUCGCUCUGCCCGGACCCGAGGAAUGCCGUGCACCUGGUGUGCCCGGCUGCGGGGCUCCGCAGGCGGCUGCUUGUACGGCUCCGGCUGCUGCCGGCGGAGGACCGGGGGGUGUCCCGGGGGCAGAGGAGGCUGAAGAGGAGCAGCAACAGCAACCCCCAGUUCCAGCUGCACAACUACCAGGCGUCCGUGCCGGAGAACGAGCCGGCGGGCACCCGUGUGACCUCCCUGCGGGCCACCGACCAGGACCCGGGGGAUGCGGGCAGGGUGCAGUACUACAUGGAGGCUCUGUUUGACAGCAGGUCCAAUGACUACUUUGAUAUAGACCCGGAGACCGGCACCGUCAGCACCACCCAGGCGCUGGACCGGGAGACUAAGGACACCCAUGUGUUCAAGGUUACUGCCACAGACUUCGGCUCCCCCAGGAGGUCCGCCAUCACCUACCUGACAGUGACAGUAAGUGACACCAAUGACCAUGCCCCGGUGUUCGAGCAGUCGGAGUACAGGGAGAACAUUCGGGAGAAUCUGGAAGUGGGCUACGAAGUGAUGACCAUCCGGGCCACGGACGGAGAUGCCCCCUCUAAUGCCAACAUGCUGUACAGGCUGGUCAAUGCAGACGGGGUCAAUGCGGUGUUUGAAAUAGACCCGAGGUCUGGAGUAGUCAGGACCAGGGCACUGGUGGACAGGGAGACGGUCACUGACUACCAGCUCAUAGUCGAGGCCAAUGACCAGGGAAAGGACUCAGGUCCACGGAGUGCCACAGCCACUGUCUACAUCUACGUAGAAGAUGAAAAUGAUAACUACCCGCAAUUUACUGAGAAACGCUAUGUAGUCCAGGUGCCUGAGAACAUCAGCCCCAACACCAAAAUUCUGCAGGUCCAGGCCACAGACAAUGACAAGGGCAACAACGCCAUUGUGCACUAUAGCAUCGUCAGUGGCAACAUCAAAGGGCAGUUCUACAUCCAUUCAUUUACAGGAAACAUCGAUGUCAUUUACCCCUUGGACUAUGAGGCUGUCAGGGAAUACUCCCUGAGGAUCAAAGCCCAGGAUGGUGGAAGGCCACCACUAAUCAACACAACUGGUAUGGUGUCCGUGCAAGUGUUAGAUGUCAAUGAUAAUGCCCCCAUCUUUGUCAGCACCCCCUUCCAGGCCACUGUCCUGGAGAAUGUUCCUGUAGGAUACUCUGUGGUUCACAUCCAGGCCAAUGAUGCAGACUCUGGGGAUAAUGCUCGCAUACAAUACAGUUUAACUGACGUCCCUCCAAAUUUUCCUUUUGUUAUUAACAACAACACUGGUUGGAUCACAGUGUCCAAAGAGUUGGAUAGAGAGGCAGUUGAAUUUUAUACUUUUGGGGUGGAGGCAAGAGAUAAUGGAGAACCAGUUAUGACUUCUUCCGCCAGUGUGACUAUAACCAUUAUGGAUGUCAAUGACAACAACCCCACCUUUACUGAGAAGGUCUACCAGCUGAGGAUCAAUGAAGAUGCUGCAGUGGGGAGCAGUGUUCUCACCAUGACAGCUGUGGACAGAGAUGUAAACAGUGUGGUGACAUAUCAGAUCACUAGUGGGAACACCAGGAACCGUUUUGCUAUCACUAGCCAGAGUGGGGGUGGACUGAUCACCUUAGCUCUACCUCUGGAUUACAAGCAAGAGAGGCAGUAUGUCCUCACUGUCACAGCCUCCGAUGGGACUCGCACUGAUACUGUCCUUGUGUUCAUUAAUGUCACUGAUGCCAAUACACACAGACCAGUGUUUCAGAGCUCACAUUACACUGUGAGUGUGAGUGAAGACAAACCUAUAGGCACAUCUAUUGUUUCCAUAAGUGCCACUGAUGAGGACACAGGGGAAAAUGCAAGAAUAACUUAUAUAAUGGAAGAUAACAUUCCCCAGUUCAGGAUAGACCCAAUUACUGGAACCAUUACCUCAUUAAUAGAAUUGGAUUAUGAGGACCAGGCAUCUUACACACUGGCUGUGACUGCUAAGGAUAAUGGCAUCCCACAGAAGUCUGACACUACAUAUGUAGAGAUACUGAUUUUGGAUGCUAAUGACAACAUGCCUCAGUUUGUGAGGGACAGGUACCAGGGUGCUGUGUUUGAGGAUGUACCAAUUUCCACAAGUGUGCUCCAAAUAUCUGCUUCAGACAGAGACUCUGGUCUGAAUGGAAGGGUUAUGUAUACCUUCCAGGGAGGGGAUGAUGGAGAUGGAGAUUUUUACAUUGAACCUACUUCUGGUAUUAUUAGGACCAAUCGUCGGCUGGAUAGAGAAAAUGUGCCUAUAUACAACCUCAAAGCCUUUGCAGUGGACAGAGGAAACCCACCCCUAAAAGCCCCAGUGGACAUCCAAAUAACUGUCUUAGACAUCAAUGACAAUCCCCCAGUCUUUGAAAAAGAUGAGCUGGAUAUUUUUGUGGAGGAGAAUAGCCCAGUGGGGUCUGUGGUUGCCAGAAUUACUGCUUCUGACCCAGAUGAAGGAACCAAUGCUCAAAUCAUGUACCAAAUAGUAGAAGGUAACAACCCAGAGGUCUUCCAAUUAGAUCUUUUCAAUGGAGACCUGACAGCUUUAAUUGACCUGGACUAUGAAGUGAAGACAGAAUAUGUAAUUGUUGUCCAAGCCACCUCUGCCCCAUUGGUGAGCAGGGCAACUGUGCAUGUCAAGUUGCUGGACAAGAAUGACAACGACCCUGUGCUCCAGGACUUUGAAAUCAUUUUUAAUAAUUAUGUAACCAAUAAGUCCAAUAGCUUUCCAUCAGGGGUCAUUGGGAAAAUCCCUGCAUUUGAUCCUGAUGUAUCUGACACUCUGCAUUACAGCUUUGUGCAAGGGAAUGACUUAAAUCUUCUCAUACUGGACCCAUCUACGGGGGACCUGAAGCUCAGCCGGGACCUAGACAACAACAGGCCACUGGAAGCCCUCAUGCGGGUCUCUGUUUCUGAUGGCGUACAUAGUGUUACUGCGCACUGCACCUUACGUGUUACCAUCAUCACAGAUGACAUGCUGACCAACAGCAUCACAGUCCGGCUAGAAAACAUGUCCCAGGAGAAGUUUCUAUCUCCGCUGCUUUCUCUGUUUGUGGAAGGAGUGGCAACUGUGUUAUCUACCACCAAGGAGGGCAUCUUUGUCUUCAAUAUUCAAAAUGACACUGAUGUGAGCUCCAACAUUCUCAAUGUGACCUUUUCUGCCUUACUACCUGGAGGAGUCCGCAACAAGUUCUUUCAUUCGGAGGAUCUCCAGGAACAGAUCUACCUGAACAGAACCCUUCUCACAAUGAUUUCCACCCAGCGUGUUCUGCCAUUCGAUGAUAACAUUUGUUUGAGGGAACCCUGUGAGAAUUACAUGAAGUGUGUGUCUGUGUUAAAGUUUGACAGCUCAGCUCCUUUCAUAAACUCCAAUACUGUACUUUUUCGCCCUAUUCACCCAAUCAAUGGAUUACGGUGCCGCUGCCCCCCUGGAUUUACUGGAGACUACUGUGAAACAGAGAUUGAUCUCUGUUACUCUAAUCCCUGUGGCAAGAAUGGACAAUGCCGAAGCAGAGAAGGCGGCUACUCUUGUGAGUGCUAUGAAGAAUUUACAGGAGAGCACUGUGAAGUGAGCUCGCGGUCUGGUCGCUGCGUCCCUGGCGUCUGCAAGAAUGGAGGCACCUGCAUCAACCUGCUUAUUGGUGGAUUUAAGUGCAAAUGUCCCCCAGGAGAGUAUGAGAAUCCAUACUGUGAAAUGACCACUAGAAGUUUUCCUCCACAGUCCUUCAUUACAUUCAAAGGCUUAAGACAGCGCUUCCAUUUCACCGUCUCGCUUAUGUUCGCUACCAGGGAGAGGAAUGCGCUGAUACUUUACAAUGGCAGAUUUAAUGAAAAACAUGACUUCAUUGCAUUAGAAAUCAUCGAGGAGCAGAUCCAGCUAACCUUCUCAGCAGGGGAGAGCACUACUAAGGUCAGUCCCUACGUUGCGGGAGGAGUGAGUGAUGGCCAGUGGCAUUCUGUUCAAGUACAAUAUUACAACAAGCCCAACAUUGGAAGGCUGGGUAUUCCUCAUGGUCCAUCUGGAGAGAAGGUGGCAGUAGUAACGGUGGAUGACUGUGAUACCGCAGUAGCGAUAAGGUUUGGAAACCUUAUCAAGAAUUACACGUGUGCUGCUCAGGGAACACAGACUGGCUCCAAGAAAUCACUUGAUUUAACUGGACCACUAUUGCUGGGAGGUGUUCCUAACCUGCCUGAGGAUUUCCCUAUACAGAACAGACAGUUUAUUGGCUGUAUGAGGAAUUUAACCAUUGACAAUAAACCUGUAGACAUGGCUAGUUUUAUAGCCAACAACGGCACUUUAGCAGGCUGUUCUGCAAAGAAAAAUUUCUGUGAUACCAGUUUCUGUCAGAAUGGAGGAACUUGUGUUAAUAGAUGGAACACAUACUAUUGUGAUUGUCCACUACAUUUUGGUGGGAAAAACUGUGAGCAAGUGAUGCCAUUUCCACAACAUUUCCAAGGAGAGGGAAUUGUCAUAUGGACUGAGAUGGAUAUUACGGUGUCUGUGCCAUGGUUUAUUGGGCUGAUGUUUAGAACACGUCAAUCUAAGGCCAUCCUGUUGCAGGCUAAUGCUGGAUCUUCGUCAAGGAUUAAUAUCCAGAUCUUUAACGAUUACAUUGAGUUUGAAGUAUACAACGGCAUUACUCGUAUAGCAGGUAUGAAGAUUGACCAGAUGCGGGUCAGUGACGGUGAGUGGCAUCACCUUCUAAUAGAACUGAAAAGUGCCAAGGAUGGGAAGGACAUCAAGUAUCUGGCUCUCAUGUAUCUGGACUAUGGAAUAUAUCAGAACACUGUGGAAAUAGGCAAUGCUCUCCCGGGGUUGAAGCUGAAGACUAUCUAUGUUGGUGGUUUGUCUGACACGGAAGGCACAGAAGGCUUCGUAACACAAGGCUUUAAUGGAUGCAUGAAGGGAGUGAGAAUGGGAGAAACGUCAACCAACAUAGGAACACUCAACAUGAACAAAGCAAGGGUGAUCAACGUGGAAAGUGGUUGUGAAGUGGACAAUCCUUGUGACUCAAACCCGUGCCCUUACAACAGUGACUGCACUGAUGACUGGAACAGUUUUUCUUGUAAUUGUGAACCAGGGUUCUUUGGGAAAGACUGUGUAGAUGUGUGCAGUCUGAACCCCUGUGAGCAUGUUUCUGCUUGUGCUCGAAAGCCAAGCUCCUCUCAUGGAUACACGUGUGAAUGUGGAGCAAGUUACAGCGGGCAAUACUGUGAGAACAAAAUUAAUUUGCCCUGUCCUAGAGGCUGGUGGGGCAACCCUAACUGUGGGCCAUGUAAUUGUGAAGUGGAUAAAGGUUUUGACCCUGAUUGUAAUAAGACCAAUGGAGAGUGUCGGUGUAAGGAUAAUUACUAUAGGCCACAGGCCAGUGACACUUGUUACCCUUGUGACUGCUUCCCAUCUGGGGCAUAUGAGCGUAGCUGUGACAUGGAAACAGGACAGUGCCCAUGCAAACCUGGAGUCAUUGGGCGACAGUGUAACCGCUGUGACAACCCUUUUGCUGAGGUCACUAAUGAAGGCUGUGAAGUGAUUUAUAAUGCAUGUCCCAAAGCAUUUGAAGCUGGAAUCUGGUGGCCACAGACCAAGUUUGGUCAGCCAGCUGCUGUUCCAUGCCCCAAGGGAUCUGUGGGGAACGCGAUCAGACACUGCAGUGAGGAGAAGGGCUGGCUUCCUCCCGAACUUUUCAACUGCACUACGCUGACCUUCUUGGAAUUGAAAACUCUGAAUGAAAAACUUCACCGUAAUGAGACCACUUUGGAUGGUGUCAAGUCCAUUGAAAUAGCUCGAGUUCUGCAGAACGCCACCAACCACACAAGGCCAUUCUUCGGGAAUGACAUCAGAACCAGCUACCAGAUGCUGGUCAGGGUACUGCAGUACGAGAGCCAGCAGCAAGGGUUUGACUUGGCUGCAACAAGAGAUGUGGAAUUUAAUGAGAACGUCAUCCAUGCAGGCAGUGCGAUAUUGGACCGCAGCAACAAAGACCAUUGGGAUCAGAUCCAGAGGACAGAAGGAGGCACUGCACAUCUGCUGAAGCAUUAUGAAGAGUAUGCCAACAACGUAGCAAGGAACUUGAAAAAGACUUAUAUGAAGCCUUUUGUCAUCGUCACUAAAAAUAUUAUCAUUGCUGUAGACAUAUUUGACAAGGCCAAUUUCAGUGGAGCCAAAGUCCCUGAGUUUAAUGAGAUCUAUGAAGAUUACCCUAAAGAUUUGCAGUCGUCAGUCCUGUUCCCUGACACUUUGUUUAAGCCUCCUGAAAAAAAAGCAGCUCUACCUACGAUAAAGCCUUUCAACCAGAAACAUCCCAUCAGUGAGGACGAAUAUGACACUCGUCUGUCCAAACGAAAAAAGAGGCAACCUGAUCCAUCAGACCAGUAUGCAGUUGCCAUGGUGAUAGUGUACCACUCGCUGGGUCAGCUAUUACCAGAGAAUUAUGAUCCUGACCGCAGGAGCUUAAGAGUUCCCAAUCGUCCGAUCAUUAACACACCUAUUUUAAGUGCAACCGUACAUAAUGAAGGUGAGCCACUACCAUCCCAACUGGACAAGCCAAUAAUACUGGAGUAUACUAUGUUAGAAACAGAGGAGAGAACCAAACCUGUGUGUGUAUUCUGGAACCAUUCCAUCAUAUCUGGAAGCACAGGAGGGUGGUCUUCUAAAGGCUGUGACCUGAUUUCCCGGAAUAAAAGCCAUGUCACAUGUCAGUGCAAUCACAUGACCAGUUUUGCAGUGUUAAUGGACAUUUCUAAGCGAGAAAAUGGCGAGGUGCUUCCUCUGAAGAUUAUCACAUAUACGUCUGUGUCUGUGUCACUGGUGGCUUUGCUGGUCACUUUCAUUUUGCUGAUGAUUAUCAGAACAUUACGUUCCAACAUCCACAAUAUCCACAAAAACCUAGUGGCAGCCCUCUUCUUCUCUGAGCUAGUAUUCCUCAUUGGAAUCAACCAGACCGAAAAUCCAUUUGUGUGUACAGUGAUCGCCAUCCUCCUGCAUUACUUUUACAUGAGUACUUUCGCCUGGAUGUUUGUGGAAGGUCUUCACAUCUACCGCAUGCUGACAGAAGUGCGGAACAUUGAUACUGGUCACAUGCGCUUCUACUAUGUGGUUGGUUAUGGAAUACCUGCCAUCAUUACAGGGCUGGCUGUGGGUCUUGACCCUCAAGGCUAUGGAAACCCGGAUUUCUGCUGGCUCUCAGUACAUGACACAUUAAUCUGGAGUUUUGCUGGGCCCAUCGUCAUCGUAGUCGCUAUAAACACAGUCAUUUUUGUAUUGGCUGUAAAGACGACAUGUGGACGGAGGCAACGUGUAUUUGAGAAAACGGGGGUGAUCUCAACUCUGAGAACAGCCUUCCUCAUGCUGCUCCUGAUCAGUGUCACGUGGCUACUGGGACUCAUGGCCGUCAACAGUGAUGUGAUGACGUUUCACUACCUCUUUGCCAUCUUCAGCUGUAUGCAGGGGCUCUUCAUUUUCUUUUUCCAUUGCAUCUUUAACAAGGAAGUAAGAAAGCAGUUAAAGAAUACAUUCACUGGAAAGAAAUCCCUGGCAGAUGAUACUACAACAAGAGCCGCAUUACUAACACAAACCCUAAAUUGCAAUAAUACAUAUCUGGAUGAAACGAACAUGUACAGAACAGGUUUCGGAGAGUCCACUGUGUCUUUGGAGAGCACCGUCAGGUCAGCCAAGAGCCACAAUAGCUACCUUGCUUAUAUACUCAGGGAUGAGGCUGCGCAGAAGCUCAGCAUGUCUUCAGGACAGACUCGUGCUGGUGUUACUGAGGUCGACACUGCACUGUUCCAUAGAAACCGCACACGUUCCCAUGGCAAUGACUCGGACUCAGACAGUGAGCUGUCCCUUGAUGAGCACAGCAGCUCGUACGCUUCCUCACACUCUUCUGACAGUGAGGAAGAAGAGAUUGAAGCCGAGAAACAAUGGAAACCCACCAGUCCUAAAAAUAAUGAUCGAGGACCUGUUCAUAGCACCCCUAAAGUGGAUACAGUACCAAACCACGUUAAACCUUACUGGCCAGCUGAAUGUAUGACUGCCAGUGACAGUGAGGAUCAGGGCAACAAAUGCACGCUGAAGGUAGAGACCAAAGUGAAUGUAGAGCUUCAUAAUGAGAACAAGGUUAAUCAUUGCGGAGACACACCUCGUGACAAGGAGAACGAUGCACAGAACAAAGAUGGAAAACUUGUCAUCAAUCAAAACAAUCAGCAGCCAGAACUCAGAAAAGGUAUUCUGAAAAACAAAGUCACGUACCCACCACCCUUGACUGAUAAAAACAUGAAAAACCGACUGCGUGAGAAGUUGGCAGACUAUAAUCAAAGCACUAUUUCAUCAAGGACUUCUUCCCUGUGCUCCAAUGAUGGCGUACGUCCAGUAACGGACUCUGCAAUAACCAUAAAGAAUGCACGGAGUGACCACUCUCGAGAACAACUCAAUGGUAUGGCGAUGAGUGUGCAAGUUGGGCCUACAAAUGGAGAAGCUUCAGAUUCUGACGGCAGUAAUGAAACUUCAAUUUGAAUCAUCAGGAAACCAUGAAGGCUGCUAGUGACCGGAAAUCCUCGUUCCAAGCUUGUGACUUCCCGAACACCUGGGACUAGACAGAGAUGUACAAGUGUGCUGGUCGGGGAUGUAUCAUUGCUAAUGCAAUUACUAAAUAUGGCAGACUUGUGACUGCUUCAUGACAUACAUCACAGGGCCGCGCUAUCAGGAUCUAUGAGAAUAAAAACCCAGUGCCAAAUUGUGACAAUAAGGCUCCAUUGCCCAGGAUGAAAAGGACAUCAUAGCUGUGGACAUUGAUAGACUGGCGGAUGCUCAGAGCCAUACGUUGCAGGCAAGACUGCUUUGUGGUGUAAUCUAAGCUACGACUCUAGAAUGAAUGUAAAUACAAUGGAUCUACUAUGUUAAAAUCAGCACUCUGACCCGUCCUCUUAUUUGGGGGCCCGGCGAUGCUGAUUCUCUGUGCUCUGUCACAAUGUGACCUUCCAGCCUACUGAACAAUACACACCGGAAUAUGACACCAAGUGCCCUACUCAAUUUCACCACAUUACAAUGUGUCUUAAAAACAAAUCAUCAUUGUAUAAAUCUGUUUAAAAAAACUUAUUGUAGAUAUUUUUUUAUAUAUUUUGUAUGAAGACUUUUACAAAGAAAACAAAGCUCUUUUUGUAAAUUUUACAUUACUACUAGUUUUGUCCAUUUGCUAUCCACAGUCCUACUGAUGACAGAUAUUUUUAUAUUAAGACGAUUGCACAAUGUUACUUGAAUUUUAACUUUUAUUUUUAAUGAUUCUUAUUCUAGACACCUGUCCUAUGUUAAGAUUAAAAAAAAAGAAUCAGUUAAUAUUGCUGCCAAGUAAUUCUUAUUGUUUAACACUACUUUCAUGAUUCCUCUGUUAGGACACAAGUGCCUCUACCAUUGUCCGUCCAGUUGUGAAGACAGCCUACCCUAUGUAUCUUCCAUGUAAGUCCACCAGUGGGGUGUUCGACUGUAUUGCCUACAGGCUAUCAGUGUACCUGGUUCACAGUGAAACUGCGUGGCAUAAAGGCAGCAUUCAGAUUGUUACGCAUAUUAUGCUGGUAAAGGCCUAUGACCUGGAGAGUUGUUAGUUUACUUUAUUGGUCCUCUUUUAUUUUUACUGCAUGUCAAAAUCUUUUACACAUUUGAAAUGUUUAUUAGGAAUUCACCGGAUAACAGAACUUCCAAAUUUUGAAGACCCAAAUUGUUGAACACUUGAGUUAUUAAGAAAUGUUUGUGGAGAAUCGUGAAAUUCUAGUGCAUUGCUGUCCAUCUGUUCACUCAGGAACCUGAUUUCUUUGUCCCUCAUUAUUCUAAAAGUCUACAGAAACUGUUGUAUGUUGUGGUAUAAUAAUUAGCAGUGUGCAGGAGGGUCCUGGCUUAUGCAGUGUAGCAUUAAUGGCUGCUCACGCUCGUGCUAUCUAAAGGUCAUUGAGUCAGGCUGGCAGCUACACAGAACUUGGUAUCAGCAGACAAAUCUGAAUGUACGUGUGGGCGCCACUGAAUAAUCCUCAGGAUCCUAAGCAAUGCAUAUAAGCUCAAUAUCACGAAUUGCGAUAGUUUUGCUAAAUUGUUCAAAUAUUAGUAAAAAAAAAAUCUGGAUACUGUACGGUAGCCUAUACCACACAGAAACAAGACAAUUAACGCAGAAGUAGCAGAUUGGGGGUUGUUGUGUUUUUUUUUUUUUUAAAGUGCCUUGCUUUUUCAAGUAUUGGUGAUCUGCACAAUAAUUGUAUUUGUUUUGAAGCUCAUGGUUUCUUUAAUCAAUGUUUCAAAUAGAAAAAAAAAUAUUCCGUCAUACCUUUAAUAUUUAUGGAGGCAAAUAGUUUUUUUAUAUCUGUGUACACGCAGGCUCAAUGGCAGAGGAAUGUUCUAGAUGACAUAUGUAUAUUGUGACUCCGCUAAAUGUCUUUUGGAAUUUUGGAAAGAAGAAAUGUUAAAUAUUGGCAAGGUUUUUUUAUUUGUAAUAUUAUUUUUAUGACAAAUAUUAGACACUGGAUCUUUUUUACAUGCAUAUUUAUUAAUGUACAAAACACUGGAAAAGCAGUACUGAUAAAAAUGGAACAGUAAAUUAAAAUGUUCAACUUGUAUUAUUGUGCUGACUCAUUUUAUCAUCUGAAAGCUAACGGCAAAGUGAAGCAAAUCACUUCAGUAAACAAAUUAACCUUUAAAAGGAAACCUCUACCAAAAUAUACUGUAACAUGUAAAAAUAAAAUGUGUGCUUUACAAUUAAUUUAACCACCUGAAAACUGCAUUCAUCU